GAAACAUACUGAAGAAGAAGAAGAAGGAGAAGAAGAUAUCACUAGUAAAUCCGAAACCCUAGAUUUCUUUGCUCUGUUCUCGAAUGGGUUUAGGGUUUCUUCUUCUUCUUCAUCUUCAUCUUCUUCUCCAUUCUUCUUCUUAGUGGAUAUCUUUAAAGAUGAUGUUUGCAUGGAAAUCACUAUUCCCAUUUAUUCUUGUACUUGGUUUUAUAAUUUUUGAAGAGAGAAUUUCAAUUCCUUCUUGUAAAGAAGAAAUCAUUUCCAAUGAUGAAGAUAUUGUUAGAGAUGAGGAAGGAGGAGCUGAUGAUGUUAGAGUUAUGAUGGUGGCUAAUUUGUUAUUAAUGGGAUCUGAUGAUGCUGGUUAUAUCAAUAGUUAUUUCAGAUAUUCUUAUAUGGCUAAGUUUUUCAGGAAAUCAUUUGACAGACUGAAGCCUGAUAUGCUUAUAGUAUUGGGAGAUGUUUCGGCGAGAGGGUCAGAGUUAACAAACAAUAAAUGGUUAUCGGUGCUUCAGCAAUUUCAAUGGAUGUUGGGUCCGUUUCUUAGCCAUCCUAUGCAUAUCGUUGUCGGUGAUAGGGAUAUUGGAGAAUGCAGUGAAUUAAAUGCCAAAUUUGUUAGUCGGAUAGCUGGUAGUCUGCCAGGAUUGGAUACUGCUGGUUGUGGUGCUUUCGAGGUGAGCAAUAUUAGCUUUGUUUCACUCAAUGCUGUGGCUAUGCUUUGUGGCAAUAAUGAUUUAAGAUUUAGUGUCGAGAAAGUGAUAGAGAAGGAACAUUUGGAUGUGAAAUUCCAUAGCAAGGGUUCAGCAGGAGGAGUAAGUGAGCCUAAAAAGGUGGAGAAUAAACUUACUAACUUGGGUUGGAAAGAGAAUACUCUGUCAUCUCGUUCUGGUCCUGUACUCUUACUACACUUUCCACUGCACAGAACAAGUCACAACGGUGGAGCAAUCAAUGUUGUUAAGAGAACCCAUUCAACCAAGUCAUAUGGCAUUUCAAAUUCUGUUGAGAAUAGAGGGUUUUCUGGAACAGGUCAAUAUGAGUUGAUGCAGACUGUUCCCCCAAAUGCAACUGAAUACAUCUUCCAGGCUCUCAAGCCAAGGAUAGUAUUUAGUGCACACACCCAUGAGUUCUGUGACUAUACACACAGGGAUGGGACACGAGAGAUUACUGUUCCCGCCAUGACCUGGGAUGCAAGGGAUGAUCCUGGUUUUGUUAUUGCGACUUUUGGAAGAAAUAGAGCUGUGACUGUCAGCCAGUGCUCUCUUGCACGAGAAUCCCAUGUAUUAACGGCAUACAUUUCUAUUCUUGUUUUGUUAAUAUCUACAAUGGUUAUUGUGCUUAAAUCUCAAUUGACGCAAUCAGAGAUAUGACCAAGUAUAGAUCCCUUACUGUGUUCAUCAAACCAAAAAAGAUGCAGUACAGCUUGUUCUUGUCCUCUCCCUCAACAAGACAUGGUGAUUCAUUGAUUUCUUGCGGUACCUUUUAUUAUGGCAUCUAAAUGGAAGAAGACAUGCAAAUAGAACGGUCAGGACUAUUGAUUGAAUUUUUCUUCAACCUUUACUAGCAGAUACCUAAAAGUUGGUACAAAGUACUUGGGCAAAAGGAAAACUAAACAAGUGUAAAUGUAAGGAUGUAUACGAGGACUGUCUUUAUCCUAUAUCAUGUCAUGUUUGAUACUUUCGGACUUUAUUUUGUGCUUUCUAGUUCUUUGCUGGUGGUGAAUUGAUAAUGGAUUUCCGGAAACAACCGGGUU